AGCGAGUUGCAUUGUGGGAGUAGUCUUACUUCCGGGCGGCAGCGUGUUGAAAAAGCAUUGUAAGGACUGGAUUUUUUUUUAAAUCAAGAAACCCGCUUAUUAACAUCUUUUGCUUUCCCAGUUAGCCGUCGAUAUGGUAAAAUUAUCGGCAGAGCUAAUUGAGCAGGCUGCUCAAUACACAAACCCCGUGCGCGACAGAGAGCUGGAUCUGCGAGGUUACAAAAUUCCUGUACUUGAAAACCUUGGGGCUACACUUGACCAGUUUGAUACAAUCGAUUUCUCUGACAAUGAAAUCAGAAAACUGGACGUUCCUUUGCUCAAGAGGCUCAAAACGUUGCUCAUGAACAACAACAGAAUAUGUCGUGUUGGUGAAAACCUUGAACAGGCAUUGCCGAGUAUGAGGGAGCUGAUCCUCACAAGCAACAACAUCCAGGAAUUGGGUGAUUUGGAUCCGCUAGCCUCAGUGAAGACAUUGACCCUUCUCAGUCUCCUAAGGAAUCCAGUGACCAACAAGAAACACUACAGGCUCUAUGUCAUCAACAAAAUUCCCCAGAUUCACGUGCUUGACUUCCAGAAGGUCAAGUUAAAGGAGCGUCAGGAGGCGGAGAAAAUGUUCAAGGGCAAACGAGGUGCUCAGCUUGCAAAGGAUAUUGCCAAGCGGACCAAAACGUUCACCCCCGGAGCUGCUGUGCAGCAGCCUGAGAAGAAGAAGAUGGGACCGUCUCCCGCUGACGUGGAAGCGAUCAAGAAUGCAAUAGCUAACGCCUCGUCUCUGGCCGAGGUGGAGAGGUUGAAGGGGAUGCUGCAGGCUGGUCAGAUCCCCGGACGGGAGGUCAGACAAGUCCCCCCGGAAAUGGUGGAGGUGGAAGAGGAAGAGGAGGAGAACGGGGUUGUACAUAUGCAACGAGAGAUACAGACAGAGGAAGGAAAUGGAGUGGAGGAGAUGGAAGAGGAUGUGGUGGAGGAGGUACAGGGAAAGGUGGAGGAAGUAGAUGUCAAGGAGGUGGAGGAGGUAGAAAAGGAAGAAGUGGAGGAGAAAGAAGAGGGGGAGGAGGGUGAAAAACAAGAGUCUGAGGAUGAGUCUGAGGACGAUGAUAUGGAUGAAGACUCACCGGUUAACGGAUCAUGAUCGUUUUAUGCAGAUCUCAAGUCUUGCUUGAUUUGUAAGUUUAUAUUUGUUGAGCAUGCAUGUAAUGCCAUUUUUGUUAUUUUGAGAAAUGAAAAUACAAUAAACAUUUUUUUACAAAACGAUGCAACCAAUGAUUACUGAUCCAGAAUAAACUGAUGUCUAUACAGUCUUA